AUGUUGUCAUCGUACUCGUCAGAGCAACGUAGGCCAGAUGCUAAUGCUGGCCCGAUGCAGCCGACCAACAUGCGUAGACCGCCCAUGGAACGCCCACCACUACAGCCCGAAGCAGUUACGCAUAUGGCAAUGAUGAGUCGCUAUCAACAACAGCAGUCGUUGAUGCAACCGGCUUGGAAUAAUGUAGAAUCUCGGACCCAACAGCCUGUAUCUACCGUGCCGGCCAAUGACUAUUCGCUGCCAUACCAGCGAGCAAUGAAUAAUGGAUUAUAUGAGCCAACACAAACAUUGUCGCCGAACGCUCAGACAUCACCGUAUCUCAACAACCAGAGACAGCCCAACGCAUCAUCAUCAACGCAGACUCUAAACAGAUAUCAGUAUGGAAUGGAUGCCGGAAUGAAUGGUACUCCUCAGCAACAGACAGCCUACAUGCCUUCUACCCCUAUAAAAUCGCUUCCAGAUUCUGGCAGCAUCUCGCCGACAAUACCAACUGUGCAUCGUCGUGGUGCUCCGAAACCAUCUCUCUUACCAAUCCCGACGUCACCACCAGAAUCAAAUGCUAGCAGUACACAACAACAUCCAUUCAGCUUUGACCCAACGUCACCAACAAAAUACUAUGCCCACGAUCCAGAACGUCGCGGAUCAGCAAAUGCAUUCAUGGCAGACAAUGGACAGCUUCCGCUAACACCAUACUCAAUCACCGCUGGGCCGUUAUCUGCACCUGCAACCGGCUUCCAUCCAUUCUCGCCAUUCAGCCCGACUACUACAAAUACCUCGCAAUCGUCAGCAACAGCAUAUCGUCAAGAUACGGGGACACAACAGACGCCAGCGCAAGUCGAGUCCUAUAUACGGGAUAAUGGAAUUUAUUAUGGUGGUAUGGCGGCUUCGGAAGCUGUGCCUCCAGCAAUUCCAGCAAAGGAUGCUAAAUUCAAGCAACCGCAACCUGGAUUUGGGAACCAGCCUGCGGCGUCUUCUAGUGCUAGUGGUUCGACGAAGACGAGGGAUGCUAAAGCACCUAUUUCUGCUGAAAAUGCAUUCCGAAUGUACAAGGACAGUCUGACAAGUUACGAGCAUCGAGAAAUAUUUGCCUACCAAGAAAUUUACUUUACUGGUCAGCCUGGAGUCGACAAGAUUGGAGGUAGUAAGCGAAGAGCUACACUUGAUGAAGCUUCUAUAGGGCCUAACGGCAAUAACGAGGACAAAACCGUUUACAAUUACGGGUUUGAUGAUGCACGAGGAGAUUACAAUCUGACUCCCCGAGACCAUGUCGCAUACCGAUACGAGAUUGUUGGUCUACUAGGCAAAGGCAGUUUCGGGCAGGUCGUCAAGUGUUAUGAUCACAAGAUGAAGCAAAUGGUUGCCCUGAAGAUAAUCCGCAACAAGAAGAGAUUUGAGAAACAAGGAGUCGUGGAAGUCAAAGUAUUGGAUCGGUUGAAACAAGAGGACGUGGAGGACAAGUAUCACAUUAUUCACAUGUUGGAGCAUUUCUACUUUCGUGGUCACUUGUGCAUAUCGACGGAACUUCUGGGCAUAAACCUUUAUGAAUGGUUGAAGGCUGGUGGUUUCCGUGGAGUGCAUUUGGGUGUCAUUAGAACAUUCACACAUCAAAUACUGAAAUGCAUGCUUCUAUUGGCUCAAACACAUAUCGUACACUGUGACCUGAAGCCUGAAAAUGUGCUGUUGAAGGAUACCACCAUUCUUCAGCCAUCAGCACGCGACUGCAAUAUUGUUCCUGAACUGGCAGCACCCUCAUCAGGAUCAUUAGCACAAUACCCAAAAGAAUUCGAUCAAAGUAAUCCUGCUUAUGUUAUCAAAGUCAUUGACUUUGGAAGCAGUUGCUUUGAUGAUGAGAAGGUUUAUACUUAUGUGCAGAGUCGAUUUUAUCGGAGCCCGGAAGUCAUACUUGGUGUUGCGUAUGGCGUUUCUAUAGACAUGUGGUCGUUGGGGUGUAUAUUAGCAGAGCUAUAUACUGGAUAUCCGCUCUUCCCAGGAGAGAACGAGCAGGAACAGUUAGCCUGCAUUAUGGAGGUCAGAGGUGUUCCUGACUGGAGUUUCGUAGAACGUGGUACUAGAAGGAAACUCUUCUUUGACUCAAAUGGUCAACCAAGGUUGAUUCCAAACUCGAAGGGCAAAAAGAGAAGACCCUCUAGUAAGCCAAUAACAUCAGUGCUGCGAGCAGCAGAUCCGGCAUUCGUGCAGUUUGUUGAACGAUGCCUGGUAUGGGAUCCUGAAAAACGGAUGACUCCCACAGAAGCAUUAAACCAUGAAUGGAUUCUUGCUGGUAUUCGUAAAGAUGCACCCGCAGCUCGCAUGGGAUCUCAAUCUCCUCAGCAGCAGACCAGGUCUGGCCAUUCCGCUUCGCUAACGGUGUAUGAAACCACGAAUGCAGGGACCGCACCUAGACGUAAACCUGUAGAAGAUCCACGAAUUCCAGUUCAACACCAACAAUCAACUUCCAUACAUCCAUCAUUAUAUUCUCAGCCUCCUCAAUCCAAGACCAUACCGUCAGCAUCCCUACCUCGUAAACAGAUUAAUGGAAGUACUUCAUCACAGCCGCAGCAGUCGCAACAGCCGCUGCUGCAACAAUUAACAAAUAAUCCUAAUGCUUCGUAUGCUGGAGUAGCAUCGUCAGGCAACAGUUUAAUGCCGAAUCUUGCAAGACGAGAUUCUGCGAAUUCGACGUCUUCGUCAGGGCGAGAGUCGAAUAGUAGACCAGCUGCAACUAGGUAUCAGCAGCAACCAGAAGUCGUGGCAGAUACGAUUGGUGGCACAGUCAGCAGAAAUCCUAGUAAAUCAGUAUAUGCACAGAAUUGGUCAUCUAGUAGCCCUAACACGAUGGGAUACAACUCUAUGAGUCGGACCAAUCAAAGUAAUGCACGAGUUGCGUAUCCUGCUGGGUAUGAUGGAAACCCCGUUGUUGUGACAACUUCUCAACAACAACAGCAAUCGCGAGGAGGCAUGGUGACUGUAGCUGCAUCAUCGAAUCCAACAUCAGCAACAACGUCACGAACGACGACUACCAGUAGUACGAAUUCGACAUCGGCAUCUGUCUCCGCAACCCAAUACUCGCGAAUGUUGCCACCUAUAAACACCACUUAUGCAUCUCCUUCAUCGAGCGCUCGUAGUAAUAGUAGUAGUAAUAACAGUAACAGCAACAACAACAUGAUGGCCUCUGUUGCAGAUCAACGAUAUCGGGAACCUGCCAGUGUAACUCUGGAUCGGAACACUCAACAUGUAUUCCAGCAAUCGUAUUCUCAAGGACAGCCGCCACAGCCGUCGUCGUCCUUGUAUGGAACUACAGCUAGAGUGCCUGCACAGCAACAGGCACAACAGAGGGUGGCAUUUGAGACAGAGAUGAGGAAUGGUGCAGCUGCAGCACCGAACAAUGUGAAUAGUAGACGGCAGCCAUCUGGAUCUGCCGGUAGUGGUGGGGCAGGAGGGACUUAUACUACGAACAAGACAUGGAGGUGA